AUGUAUAUACAUAAAUAUUUAUUCUAUGAAAAACAAUUACAAUGUAUAGAAUCAUUAUCAUUGAUACAAUCGAAACAACUUAUUGAUAUAAUUUCUUAUUUAUAUGAUUGUCGUAUUGUUCAUCGUGAUGUACGUCUACAAAAUUUAAUGUUAGAUCGUGAUAGUAAUCAUAUAAAAUUAAUUGAUUUUGGUUUUGCAUUUGCAUUUAAUACGGAUAACAAGGGAGGCAGCAUAGAUAUAGUUGGUCCACUUGCGUUUGCUAGUGAAUCAUUUUUAAAUUUCUAUUCAAAAUUAUUAAAAGGCCAAGUGUUCCCAUAUUAUUUCUAUGAACGUACUUUUGAUUUAAUAUGUGCCUUAAAUAUUAUAAUGGCUAUGAAUAAUGCUGAUAUGAAACGAAGUAUUGAUUCAUUUAGAUAUUUACAAGACGUUAAUGAAUUAGUAUUAAAAUCAUUGCAAUUAAGGAAAGAUACUCGACGUACAAAUAAUCAUUAUUCAAAUUUAUUGAAUUUAAUAGAAAAGCUGGAUUCAUGGUAUCCAUUAGAUGAAUCAGAUGAAUCAAAUAAAUCAGAUGAAUUAAAUGAAUCAUCAGUUUCUCAUGUUUCAAAUGAUCAAUCAGCUGAAUCAGAUCAACCAUCAAUUUCUAAUGUUUCACAAGGACAAUCAGAUCAAUCAUCACUUUUUGACAUUAUAAAAAAUGAAAUUGAAAAACUUUUUGACGUGUAA